UAUGUUAGGCGGGCAAUGGAAAAACUGUCAGGUAUCCUCGUUGGAUCUGUAAACACACUGGGUAAUGCAACACUGGUGUAUGUUAACACCACUAUCACCGACUCAGCAGUCCUCGAAUGUAGUAUACAAAAUAAAAAUAUCACAGACUGGAGUAAUGUUCGUUUUUAUUGGCAAGAUAACAGGGAUUUUGUGUUGUAUUCCUAUAAUGAAGGAAGAAAGAUGGCUGAGCAUGUAAAUGACUACUAUAAACACAGGGUCUCAGCCUUCCCUCAGGACAUAAUUAGAGGAAAUAUCAGCAUCAUAAUCAAAAACCUGACUCUUGAAGAUAACGAAAGGACUUUCUGGGCUUUUGCGGCAGUCUUGGACGGCAGCGUGAUGAAGAAAUACCACCUGGAACACACACAGAUCUGCCAAGUAACUUUACAGAUCGGUGUUCCUUAUCAGAAUCCCAGGCUAGAUGUUAAUAUGAAAACAAUGACUGCAGUGUGCACUACCCAAGGAGGAUUUCCUGCCCCUGAGAUACAAUGGGUCCUCCUCUAUACCAGCUCUCAUCAAUCAGUAGAGUCGAGGAACAUCCAAACUACAACGAUGCAGAAUUAUCACGACCGCCUUUACAGCUCCCGCAGCACCCUACUAAUCCCUGCAGGUCCUCACGAGGCCGUGAGCUGUCUCAUCCACAACCCGACUUUGAACACGACAAUGAGGGCCACCGACACUUUCAGCAAAGGUAUGUUUGGCGCCAUCCAGUGGACUGAGAAAAGUUAA